AUGAGACUCUCUUUGGCUACUCAGCGCAGCAGAAACCACUACUCCUCGAGACAAGGCGGUGGAGACCCAAUUCUCAGCAACGAUGGUGGACGGCAGCUUCCCAUCCACGGCAAAGCAUCCCUGCAGUUGCAUAUAGGUGCGUUGAGGUGGAAGCCGAAGCUAUUAGUCAACAACAUCAAAGGGUUAGAUUUCAUCUUGGGGCGAGAUUUCCUGAAGCGGUUCAACCCCGAGAUCGAUUGGGUCAACAGCAAGGUGUGCAUCUACAAUAGUGGGAAGCGGAUAGAGCUACGAAGCUGGACGGAUACAGGGGACGUUCCUGAAACGACACUGGCACGCACCAUACCGACUGAACUGACGGACAUGAAAAAAGAGAUCGAGUAUCUACUGGACAGACAACUGAUCCGCCCAUCCACCUCUCCCUACGGUGCACCAGUUCUCUUCACUCCAAAGCCAGAUGGUAGUUUACGGAUGUGCAUCGACUACCGCGCACUGAACAAACAGACAGUUAAAAACAAAUAUCCCAUACCGCGCAUAGACGACCUACUGGACCAACUGCGUGGUGCAACAGUCUUUUCGAAGCUGGACCUACGGUCGGGUUAUUGGCAGAUCAAGAUGGCAGACAACUCGAUCCACAAGACGGCGUUCCGUACCAGAUACGGCUCCUACGAGUACUUGGUGAUGCCGUUCGGACUCUGCAAUGCACCAGCGACGUUCCAGGCAGAGAUGAACCAUAUCCUACGGCCCCUGCUGGACGAGUGCGUAGUAGUGUACCUGGACGAUAUCCUCAUCUACUCCAAGAACUGGAAGGAGCACGUCGAGCAUCUGCGGAAGGUGUUCGAGAUCCUGCGGAAAAAUAAGUUCUACGUGAAGCUGUCAAAGAGCGACUUUGCACUGAAGAAGGUGCAGUUUCUCGGACACAUGGUGAGUGCGGAGGCCGUAGACGAGGACCCGCGGAAGAUCGAAGCUGUCAAGAAGUGGAUAGUACUGGAGAACGUGAAGGAGUUGCAGCAGUUCCUAGGCUUCGCCAACUACUACAACAGGUUCAUGCCACAGUACGCUAAGAUAGCAGCGCCACUAACCGACCUACUGAAAAGGGAUACCCCCUUCAAAUGGGAUACUCCUCAUCAGCAAGCCAUGGAACAGCUACAGACAGCACUGACCACAGCGCCAGUACUCAUCCUACCGGACCCAGACAAGGACUACGUAGUUGACGCAGAGUCUAGUGACCAGGCAGUCGGAGCAGUACUGAUGCAAGAUCACGGGAACGGUUUACAACCUAUCGCCUACCUCAGUAAGAAGCUAUACGGAGCAGAACUGAACUACCCCAUCCAUGACAAGGAAGCCUUAGCGAUAGUCAUAGCCUUCAAGGCGUGGAGGUGUUACCUAAAGGUAGCCAAGGCUACAAUUUACACUGACCACUGCAGUCUCAAAUACCUGAAGUCACAGCCGACGCUCUCACGACGACAGGUGCGGUGGGUAGAUUUAUUGGAAACUUACUUCCACUACGACAUCGUCUACAAACCCGGGCUACACAACAAGGCUAGCGCAUUGAGACGCCCAGGACAUGUAGCAGGCAUCCAGCUCGACGGAAUGAACCCUCUACUCAAGGGUCUGUUCCAACAUGGGUACUCCGUGGACGGCGAGAUAGCAACGGCAGAGAAACAGAAGCUGUUACAGUGGGAGAAAGACUUAGCGGUAAGGAAGGGUUCAGGAAAGAUUUGGGUACCGAAUUACGCCCCGCUACGGCAGAUCCUAUUGGAGGAGUUUCACGACGUACCAUACGCGGGACAUUUCGGGAGCAACAAAACGUUAGCGGGAAUAGCAAAGUAUUACUACUAG